GGGUCCAUUCAAAGGAUGUCUCGACCACUAACGCGAGACUCCUCCCCUUCUCCUUCGCCGGGAUUGCCCUCUCCAGCGAUCGUCGAUGCUCAGUGUCCAACUCUGUACAGCUCUUCAACUCCGCUACUGGGGUACAACACCCUUCUCCUCGAAUUGGGUCUCUUUCUGCCUCCGAGGUGCGUCACUCAGUCUCGCGAAGGCAGGUUCUUUGGCUCAUUUAAAUGUUUGAGCUCUGGAGUUGUAGCAAUUCAGUUGGUAGAAUGCGAGCUCUUCUUUGGUUUUUGGAUGGCUGCCGCACCUUCAAUGGCAGUCCCUUCAUGCUCACCUACUUCGGCCGCUCUAGAAGCAAGCCCUAGAGUAUGUGGCGUUCUCGCAAGAAGUGCAGCUCCGGUCAUCAGUCUGAACAGUGCCAUGUGGGGGAUAAAAUUGCAAAAAGUAAUCCCUACUAAGUGGGUCAAGGUGGGGGGCCUUAAUGCAGUGGCCGCAUAUGAUGACGACGAGGAAGAGGAGGCUGAAGAGGACAUUACCGCUGCGUAUGAAGCCUUGUAUGGAAAGGCGUUCGAGGGGUUGAGUAAAGGCUCAAGCGGCGAUGAGAAUCUUAGCGAUGAUUCACGGGGCAAGCGUGGUGGAGAUCGCCGGGGUAGCAAAAACUCCGAGGAUAAAAUGGAAGAGAGAGUGGUACAAAUUCGUCGAGUUACCAAGGUGGUGAAGGGAGGCAAGCAGAUGUCUUUCCGUGCUGUAGUCGUUAUAGGUGAUAAGAAGGGGACAGUUGGUGUGGGAGUUGGAUCGGCGAAGGAGGUCAUUACUGCCGUGCAGAAGUCGGCCACUGACGCCAGACGCCACUUGGUUACCGUGCCCAUGACCAAGUACCUGACUUUCCCACACAGAGCGGAUGGAGAUUACGGAGCUGCCAAGGUGAUGCUCAGGCCUGCAGCUACAGGCACAGGAGUUAUUGCUGGAGGUGCUGUGCGUGUGGUGCUUGAGUUGGCAGGAGUGGAGAAUGCUUUAGGUAAGGAGCUUGGAAGCAAGAACCCCCUCAAUAAUGCCAGAGCUGUCGUCGAAGCUGUUGGAAAGAUGAAACAGUUCAGGGAUGUAGCUAGGGACCGUGGUAUCCCAAUGGAGGAACUCUGGAAAUGAACAUACUGGGUGCUUUAGGUAGUACGAUAAACUGAUACGUUCUCAGCUAGUUUUGGAGGAUUUUUUUUUGGCUCCCUCUUUGUAGUGGCACAAUCAAUUUUUUCCCCCAUGUUUAAACAAUGGUUGCCUUCCAUUCACUUUGUUGUU